GCUCCAGAUGGCGUCUUCUGUGGGCAACGUGGCCGACAGCACAGAACCAACGAAACGUAUGCUUUCCUUCCAAGGGUUAGCUGAGUUGGUACAUCGAGAGUAUCAGGCAGGAGAUUUUGAGGCAGCUGAGAGACACUGCAUGCAGCUGUGGAGACAAGAGCCAGACAAUACUGGAGUACUUUUAUUACUUUCAUCUCUACACUUCCAGUGUCGAAGGCUGGACAGAUCUGCCCACUUUAGUACUCUGGCAAUUAAACAGAACCCUCUUCUGGCAGAAGCCUAUUCGAAUUUGGGGAAUGUGUACAAGGAAAGAGGGCAGUUGCAGGAGGCAAUUGAGCAUUACCGGCAUGCAUUGCAUCUCAAACCAGAUUUCAUCGAUGGUUAUAUUAACCUGGCAGCCGCUUUGGUAGCAGCAGGCGACAUGGAAGGGGCAGUACAAGCUUACGUUUCUGCUCUUCAGUGCAAUCCUGAUUUGUACUGUGUUCGCAGUGACCUGGGGAACCUGCUCAAAGCCCUGGGUCGCUUGGAAGGAGCCAAGGCAUGUUAUUUGAAAGCAAUGGAGACGCAACCGAACUUUGCAGUAGCUUGGAGUAAUCUUGGCUGUGUUUUCAAUGCACAAGGGGAGAUUUGGCUUGCCAUUCAUCACUUUGAAAAGGCUGUCACGCUUGACCCCAAUUUUCUGGAUGCUUAUAUCAAUUUAGGAAAUGUCUUGAAAGAGGCACGGAUUUUUGACAGAGCUGUGGCAGCUUACCUUUGUGCCCUAAGCUUGAGCCCAAAUCAUGCAGUGGUACAUGCCAACCUGGCUUGUGUAUACUAUGAGCAAGGCCUGAUGGAUCUGGCAGUAGACACCUACAGGCGAGCUAUUGAAUUGCAACCACAUUUCCCUGAUGCUUACUGCAACCUAGCCAACGCCCUGGAAGAGAAGGGCAGUGUUGCCGAAGCAGAAGAGUGUUAUAAUACAGCUCUGCGGCUGUGUCCCACCCAUGCAGACUCUCUGAAUAACCUAGCCAAUAUCAAAGGAGACCAGGGAAACUUUGAAGAGGCAGUUCGCUUGUAUUGUAAAGCAUUAGAAGUCUUCCCAGAGUUUGCUGUUGCCCAUUCAAAUUUAGCAAGUGUAUUGCAGCAGCAGGGAAAACUGCAGGAAGCUCUGAUGCAUUAUAAGGAGGCUGUUCGAAUCAGUCCUACCUUUGCUGAUGCCUACUGUAACAUGGGAGACACUCUAAAGGAGAUGCAGGAUGUUCAGGGAGCCUUGCAGUGUUAUACUCGUGCCAUUCAGAUUAACCCUGCACUUGCGGAUGCCCACAGCAAUCUGGCUUCCAUUCACAAGUAUUCAGGGAAUAUUCCAGAAGCAAUUGCUUCUUAUCGCACUGCUCUGAAGCUUGAACCUGAUUUUCCUGACGCUUAUUGUGAUUUGGCUCAUUGCCUGCAGAUUGUCUGUGAUUGGACAGACUAUGAUGAGCGAAUGAAGAAGUUGGUCAGCAUUGUGGCUGACCAGCUGGAGAAGAAUAGCUUGCCUUCUGUGCAGCCUCAUCAUAGUAUGCUCUAUCCUCUUUCUCAUGGCUUCAGGAAGGCUAUUGCUGAGAGCCAUGGGAACCUCUGCUUGGAUGAGAUCAGUGUCCUUCAUAAACCACCGUACGAACAUCCAAAAGACUUGAAGCUCAGUGAUGGUCGACUGCGUGUAGGAUACGUGAGUUCUGACUUCGGGAAUCAUCCUACUUCUCAUCUUAUGCAGUCUAUUCCAGGCAUGCACAAUCCUGAUAAAUUUGAGGUAUUCUGUUAUGCCCUGAGCCCAGAUGAUGGCACAAACUUCCGAGCGAAGGUGAUGGCAGAAGCCCAUCAUUUCAUUGAUCUUUCUCAGAUUCCAUGCAAUGGGAAAGCAGCUGAUCGCAUCCAUCAAGACGGUAUACACAUCCUUGUAAAUAUGAAUGGUUAUACCAGGGGUGCUCGAAAUGAACUCUUUGCUCUCAGGCCAGCUCCUAUUCAGGCAAUGUGGCUGGGCUACCCUGGGACCAGUGGCGUGCUUUUCAUGGAUUAUAUCAUCACUGAUCAGGAAACUUCACCUGCUGAAGUUGCUGAGCAGUAUUCUGAGAAACUGGCUUAUAUGCCCCAUACUUUCUUUAUUGGUGAUCAUGCUAAUAUGUUCCCUCACCUGAAGAAGAAGGCAGUCAUCGAUUUUAAGUCCAACGGGCACAUUUAUGACAAUCGGGUUGUGCUGAAUGGCAUCGACCUCAAAGCAUUUCUUGAUAGUCUCCCAGAUGUGCAGAUUGUCAAGAUGAAAUGUCCUGAUGGAGGAGACAACGCAGACAGCAGUAAUACGGCUCUUAAUAUGCCUGUCAUUCCUAUGAAUACUAUUGCAGAGGCAGUUAUUGAAAUGAUUAACAGAGGACAAAUUCAGAUAACAAUUAAUGGAUUCAGUCUUAGCAAUGGACUGGCAACUACCCAGAUCAACAUUAAGGCUGCCACUGGAGAGGAGGUUCCCCGUACCAUUAUUGUAACCACACGUUCUCAGUACGGGUUACCGGAAGAUGCCAUUGUGUACUGUAACUUCAAUCAGUUAUAUAAAAUUGACCCAUCUACUUUGCAGAUGUGGGCAAAUAUUCUGAAGCGUGUUCCCAAUAGUGUGCUGUGGCUGUUGCGUUUUCCAGCAGUAGGAGAACCUAAUAUUCAACAGUAUGCACAAAAUAUGGGCCUUCCCCAGAAGCGUAUCAUUUUUUCACCUGUUGCUCCUAAAGAGGAACAUGUUCGGAGAGGCCAGCUGGCUGAUGUCUGCUUGGACACUCCACUCUGUAAUGGACACACCACAGGGAUGGAUGUCCUUUGGUCAGGGACACCCGUGGUGACUAUGCCAGGAGAGACUCUUGCUUCCCGAGUUGCAGCUUCCCAGCUCACUUGUUUAGGCUGUCUUGAGCUUAUUGCUCAAAAUAGACAAGAAUAUGAAGACAUAGCUGUGAAACUGGGAACUGAUCUAGAAUACCUGAAGAAAAUUCGUGGCAAAGUCUGGAAGCAGAGAACAUCUAGCCCUCUGUUCAACACCAAACAAUACACAAUGGACCUAGAGCGGCUCUAUCUACAGAUGUGGGAGCAUUACGCAGCUGGCAACAAACCUGAUCACAUGAUUAAGCCUGUUGAAGUCACUGAGUCGGCCUAAAUAAUGACUGUGUGCACAGGAGAAUUACCCUGUACCUGAGCCUCAACCUUCUGGGGGAAAGGGAACUACUUUUUCCUUAUCUGUACAAUACCAUGCUGCAGAUGGGUGACAGACAAUGAUAAGAAAUAGCACAGCCAGACUUGCUUCCUGCAUGAUCAUGAUCACGAUAGGGAGAGACACAAGAGAUGGGAAACUGCUGUUCCACAAGGAGUCUCCAUAGAAUUUUGCAGCAGCCAGGUGUCUGGAAGGUCUGGAAGGUAAGUCUGGAAGGUCUGAUCUCCCUUGGUCUUCCAUGGGAUGGAUGGUUAGUGUGGAAGGGAGAUAGAGAUUGCCCAGCCGUUUUGUGAUUAUCGUGGAUUGAUUGAGUCUUCUGAAUUAAUAUUUUUCUUUAUAUUUUGGGUAUUGGAGCUUUUAAAAAUGUUUGGUUUCAGGUAUUUUUAUUCAUGUGAAGUGUGUACGAUUCUCUUGAGAUAAGCUUUUAAGCUAAAAUAUUCCUUGUUUUAGUUUCUGAACUCGACAGAUAAAUGGGGACUUUGCUGGUAUAGUCUUUUUAUAGGUUUUGUAAACCACUUGAGCCUAUAUCAGUCAUUUUAGUGUCUGACAUAAUGUUCGGAACUAUCAGUGCUUUGUUGGUUUAUAGAUGAUGGCUUAAAUUCUUUUCCUGGUCCGUUUCCUUCUUCCCUUCCCCCUACUUUAAAAAUUCUCCUGUAACUUGGCUAACAAAAAACCAAGUCUGAUUCAAAACCUCCCAGAGUGUUUCUCUUAACCGCAUCAUCUGGUGCCAAAUGAAGAUUCUUAGGAGUGAUUAUUAAUUCUGAAGGGCACAGUUGUGGUACUGUCACUGAUGAUAAUAAUAAUGGAUUUUUGGCCUAGAGUUUUGACCUAUUUCACCAGUGUUUUACCGUUGGCUGCCCCUCUAUGCUGCUUCCAAAAGUCAUAGUGUGUGUUAAGAUUUUUACUUUCAUUUCUAAUGUUUGUUUGUUUUUUUUAGUGAGUCCUGUUCUACCCUUUUCUUUCAGCAGAAAUGAAAUCCCAGGUAAGUAUAAGUAUUCAAAUAUUUGAUCAGUAAGUCACAGUUAUCUCCAGUACAUUAAAUAACUUUCAUCAAAAAACAUGUUAUAGGUAAAAAGCUCUGAAGGACCAGCUAUGUAUAUGAUAAUUAUGUUUCAGACCUUCUAGGGUAUUAUAUAUAAUAACUUGUCUUCUGGACGUGGUCUUGAAGUCUUUAUGGAUUCAGUCUCAGUAGUAGCGAACUGCACUGCUACUUGGUUUGGAGUACAAAUUAGACUUUAGCCCUCCUGGAGGUUGAGUUUUUGGUAUUGAAAACCAUAGGAAUGAAAUUAUUGUAUUUCAACAAAGGAUCGAGGGCUUGAGGCUUAAACAAGGCAACAUACGUGUGGGAAGCAGUCAGCCUUGAGGGCAGGUAAGGACAUGCCAGGCAUGCGGCCGCUGCUCGAAGGGACUGUCCCUACUUGUUCCCCUCCUUGUUCCAUUCCAUGGGAGAUAAAUCACCAGAGCCCAGAGAUCAGAAAGAAUGUAAAAUGAGACAAGCAAAGCUGUCUCCCCCCUGCACAUGCAGGUUAUUUUUGAUGCUUCUGGGUUUAUGGGUUUCCUCCCAGGGAAGUUAACCUUGAGCCGAGACAGUCUGUAGAUAAUGUAAACCACCAUCUGGCAACCUUCCGAUUUCUAGUCUAUAUAAUCUGCAACUGUAGCAUAAUAAAAUUUGCCUUGCAACCAUCAGUUGUCUUGGUCCUUCUGACCCCAUCCGUCGGUGCUACUUCAGUUCCUUACCCCUUCCCUUCUGACCCUGGGCGGUGAGAUCCUCUUUCUCCGGCUGGUCCGCGGCAAGUGGCACUCGAACAGGGACCUGAAGCGUGAAGGCAAUUAAAAGAAAAAGAAAGUGCAGGCAACAGCCUGUCCCUCAUGUACCUUUGGUUUUUACGGACGGUUCUUCUUCAGGAGUGGCCACUGUAAUCAUUGACGACGGAACAAACCUCGUUAAAGAAACUUCCUUGACUUCAGCUCAACGUGUUGAACUGUAUGCUGUCAUUAUGUCUUUUAAACAUUUGCCUUCUAUAUCUUUUAAUUUGUUUUCUGAUAGUAAAUAUCUUAUUAGCUUGUGAUUUCUUCUGGAGACUGCGAGCAUAGGACAUACUAAUGACCCUGAAUUAUCAUCCUCUUUUCGUUUGCUUCAACAGCUUAUUCGUUCCCAUGAUGGUCCUGUUGCAGGUCUGUAUAUCCGUGCUCAUUCUAACUUGCCUGGUCCAUUGACUAAACUUAAUGCGACUGCAGAUGUUUUAACUCGAUCUAAACGUGAUCUUUAUCCUGUACAUUUUCCUCCCAAGAAUAGAGUUGAAGUUACUCCUCCUCCUCAAUCUCUUUUCCCUAAAGCAGGACAUGUCCCAAUUUACCGUACUCCUCCUUUCCGUUCGUCAUGCUGUCAAGAAUGGCUAAUAUACUGCAUUCAUUAUCUCCAUACUCUUGAUACUCAUGGUCCAUGUCCUGGACACCCUCAUAUUAUGGUAAGUUAUGAUCAAACUGCUUCACAAGCAGCACAGCAGUUGCACGCUUUACACCGUCAGUCAGCGGCUACAUUACACACACAAUUUUCCCUUACUCGUGAAGCCGCCCCACAAAUUGUUAAGCAAUGCCCACAAUGCUUACCUCACCUUCCUGUUCCACAUUAUGUUGUUAAUCCUCGUGGAUUAUUACCUAGACAUUUAUGGCAAAUGGAUGUUACUCAUAUCCCGUCUUUUGGGAAAUUACAGUUUGUUCAUGUCACUAUCGAUACUUAUUCUGGUUUCCUCUGUGCUACAGCACAGACCGGAGAAGCUACUAAACAUGUUAUCACUCAUUUAUUACACUGUUUUGCUUUCAUGAACCUUCCCAAAAUUAUUAAAACCGAUAAUGGGCCCGCUGCUUUUGCAACAUUUUGUAAUUCAUUACAAAAUUACCCAUAUUACAGGCAUUCCAUAUAACCCUCAAGGACAAGGUAUUAUAGAACGUGCAAAUAGAUCUUUAAAGCUAACUAUUGAAAAAAUAAAAAGGGGGGAAUUGUAUAGAACAACGCCACAUAACCUUAUAAAUGAUGCUCUGUUUAUUUUAAAUGUUCUCACUGUUGACAAAUUUGGCUGCUCUGCAGGGGGAAGGUUGGUGGCUGAGCCAAGAUUGGCCUCUCAAUCUCCGGAGGUCCUCUGGAAAGAUCCGUUAACCAGCACUUGGCGUGGUCCUGAUCCUGUGUUGAUUUGGGGACGUGGUCACGUGUGUAUGUUUCCCAGAUCAGCGCCUGGACCUCGCUGGCUUCCUGAGCGCUUAGUCAAGCAAAUAGAUGGCUCGCCACAGCUCACCUAGUUCAGAAGAUGAAGAAGCUCUGCACCUCUCCUGAAAAUUUGACAGUGUUGAUUGAGAAAAAGAAGAAGAAGAGGAGACCACUUGCCAGGACGACCCAAAGGAGUGAUGUUCCAACUUGGGGAAAAAUUAAACAACUGGUUUCAUGAGCUCAAGAGUCAGUGAAACAACAGAAUAAUCCUGUUACACCUGUAACUUUAUUUUUGGCUAUGUUGGCAACCAUUUCAUGUGUUUCCUCUGUUAAUGCAGCAACUUACUGGGCCUAUGUACCUGAUCCUCCACUAUUACAACCCAUAUCUUGGUCUGAAGCAGAGUUUCCUGUAUUUUACAAUGAUAACUGUUUAUGGGCCUCUUAUUGGGAAUAUAAAACAAAUCAAUAUGUCUGUAAAUUAUACUAACUGGUUUAGUACCCAUCCUGUCUGUCUUAGCCCAUUGAAUCUGGAAACUGGAUGUGUAAAGGCUAUUAGUUAUGAGCAUACAGAUGUUUAUGAGGGAACGGAUCAAUCAAUUAGUUUGUCAGGCUCUCCAGGCAUCCUUCGUUUUACAGGAACCAACACUACUCUUACAUGCCACGCUACCAGCCGACGAGAGGAUCUUAAGGAUACCAUCAUUUGGUAUAAAAUGGGCAAGCUAUUAAUAUUAGAGGUCAAAUCUCAUACGCCUCACCACUUAGGGAUUCCGCUAUUACUAUAGCCAAGGUUACAGGUGAAGAUUCAGGAAAUUAUUUCUGUAUGAAGCGUUUACUUGGAGGACAAGGGAUACUUAUAGCUGAACAUAAGGUUACUAUGCUUAACAGAAAAUCAAAAAAUCAAUUGCCUCCCUUUAUGACCGUUAACUUUCCUGGAUCCAAUUUUGAACAUUGCAAUGCAUCUUGGAAUAAUAACCAAAUAUGGUGUACUAUAGAUUAUACCAAGGUGUCAAUUCUUAUCUCUUCUUUUCCCAUCAUAGAUAGGUUUAUCACAUUUCAAAAGAACUGGGAUAUAUGGAAACUAGCUCUAACUUAUUCCAAUACACCUGUUAUAACUUGUGUUGCUCCUCCAUAUACACGUUUGUGUGGUUCUAUUAACAUUGGUAAUUCUUCCAAAGGAGCAUAUAAUAUUAGCUGUGUUAAUUGUAUUUUUAGCAGUUGUAUGUUCCCUUCUGCAGGAACACAAUCUGUGCUUAUACUAAAGCAACCCAUGUAUGUUAUGGUGCCUGUACAUCUGAGAGAACCUUGGUAAGAAGAUACUGGAGUACAGGCAUGGAUGGAACUCUCUAAAGCCUUGCAGAGAAGGAGACGUUUUCUUGGGUGGCUAAUAGUAAGUUUACUUGCCUCAGCUGCUGUGUCUGCUACUGUGGGUACUGCCGGUCUUGCUCUUUCAAAGAGUAUUCAUCAUGCUCACUUUGCUAAUCAGUUAUCUCAACAUAGCAGUCUUGCUUUAUCUUUACAAAGUCACAUAUAUUUACGGAUUAAUAACAAGUUAGAUGAAUUUAAAAACGCAAUUUUGGGGAUUGGAGAUCAGAUGGCAGCAUUAAAAUUGAGGAUGUGUUUAGCUUGUCAUGCAACGUAUACAUGGAUGUGUGUUACUCCUUAAAAGUACAGUGACUGUAUUUGGGAAUGGGAAAAAGUAAAAAUGCAUCUGCUGAGUGUUUGGUCAGAUAAUAAUAUUAGUCUUGAUCUUAAGAAAUUAAAUGCUGAAAUUCAGGAUAUACAAAAUACACAUCUUGAUGAUGUUUCGCCAGAAGAUGUAAUUCAAACUUUACUGGAUCAUUUAAAGUGGUUAAACCCUCAGUCUUGGAUUACUGGAAGGUUGUCAGGAUUUAUUACCCUGGCCAUAAUUUGCCUAUUAUUGAUAAUAAUCUUCUCAUGUCUCUUUCGUAUCCUCAUGCAACAGUACACUACUCUCGGCACUAAACUUCAUGGAAUUAUUUUGCAGCAAAAGUUAAAAAAUAAAAAUGGGGGACCUGUGGGAAGCAGUCAGCCUUGAGAGCAGGUAAGGACAUGCUAGGCAUGCCGCCGCUGCUCGAAGGGACUGUCCCUACUUGUUCCCCUCCUUGUUCCAUUCCAUGGGAGAUAAAUCACCAGGGCCCAGAGAUCAGAAAGAAUGUAAAAUGAGACAAGCAAAGCUGUCUCCCCCCUGCACAUGCAGGUUAUUUUUGAUGCUUCUGGGUUUAUGGGUUUCCUCCCAGGGAAGUUAACCUUGAGCCGAGACAGUCUGUAGAUAAUGUAAACCACCAUCUGGCAACCUUCCUUUUUCUAGUCUAGAUAAUCUGCAACUGUAGCGCAAUAAAAUUUGCCUUGCAACCAUCAGUUGUCUUCGUCCUUCUGACCCCAUUCGUCGGUGCCACUUCAGUUCCUUACCCCUUCCCUUCUGACCCUGGGCGGUGAGAUCCUCUUUCUCCGGCUGGUCCGCGGCACACAUGAAUAUAUGUUUUUGUCUUGCUGUACUGCACCUGUGCUGUCUAGUAACAGAUAUUUUGUCUGCUAGUAGUGUUCUAGAUUAUGUCUUUCCAAAGCGCUGAGGCAGUGCACCUAUUCUGUAGUUGCAGCUGAUGCCUGAAUGUAGCCUAGCUGACAAAUUAUUGAUUAGUAAGAACUUGAAUUUCUCAAAGAUUUGUACUGUUAACCAAAAUCUGAGCAAGGAGUCUCAAAAGUAAUUCUUAGCCAGAAUUACAUGUUAAUGAACCAUUUAACAGUGUGAAUCAAGGAACAUCAGUGUAAGGAUUUCUUUUAAUUUAUUUUUUACCUGCUUGAAAUAUCAGUUAAAGUUUGCCAGCUUGGUUGCAGAUGAACGGACGUUUGAAGUUCACCAAACUACUUAAUGUGGGAUAGGAUAAUAGACUUCCAGCGCCCUCAAGACUGCGACCUUGCAGCCAUUUUACAUAGCACAUCCUCCUCCUAUAGGGAUGAACCUUUCCCUGGCCCGAAAAGUAGCAGCUCUGUUGAAGCUUUGCUUAUUGUAACAGGCUUUUGUUUCCAGGUUACAUGUCUGUGGAAGACUUAAUUCUGAAUAGAGAUAUAGAUAUUACUGGAAACUAAUUGUUUUUUCUAUUAUACUCUGAUUUAUCAAAAAAGUAAAACAUUUAAAUUGUGCUACAGAAAUUCAGAAGUUGUCUUGCAAUCUUUAAACAAUAAAUGAAUGAGUUGCCCUUAAAAAAAAAAAAGGAUUAAGCAGUUAAGCUGUUGGUCCCACAUCAGACAAAUUUUCCUAUACCUUCUGUCAAUAUUGUUAACAGAGACUGUUAUUUUAUUAAUC